AUGAAAAGAAAAACGGUUACAAAACGUCAGCGGAUGACAUCUUCUGAUGAAGGUUUAUUUGAAAUUGAAAGGUUUAAAAAAUGUUCGAAAACAUUUGUGAUUAAGAAUACUUUAGAUUUUAUAGACUAUAUGCUUUUUUUUAACGAUGUUAGAGAUAAAUUAAUUUUAAAGUUAAAACAAUCAUGUUUACAAUCAUCUAUAAAAUUUAAUUUACAUGUAGAUAGUGUAUACGAACGAAUAAUUACUCAAGAAGUUCAGGACUUAGCAUUCAAAACUUCUAAUACACUUGCAUGUAAUUCAUCCGAUUUCAAUAAAUUAUUAAAUAGGAUGUUCGAUAAAUUAUUAUCCGAGCAAGACCAGUUUUUAGCGAAAGGAUCUGGGUGGUCCCUUAAGACUAUAGAUGUAUUACAAUUGAGAAUUAAUAUAGUGAAUCCUCUCAGGGGAGGAACGUAUAUAGAUCUACCUGAAUUUAUGAAAGAUAAAAAAGCAAUUAUAAAUGUAAAAAAUAACGAUGAUAAAUGUUUUAAAUAUUCAAUACUAUCUAAAUUCGAUAAUCGUUCGAAUAAAACUUAUUUAAAUAAAAAAUAUUUUAAAAUGUUAGAAAAAAAAAGUGGUUUAGAUUUUAAAUGUAUUGAUUUUCCAACACCCAUCAGUCAGAUGAAAAAAUUUGAACGUGUAAACGAUGUAUCAAUUAAUCUUUAUAGUUUAAAUGAUAAAGAUCAUAUUUUUCCUCUGUAUAUAUGUGAUAUUGAAAAAAAAAAACAUUUUGAUCUAUUUUUGUUUAAUAAUGAUGAAACAUCGCAUUACUGUUAUAUAAAAAAUUUUUCAAGAUUCGUUAGAAGUCAGAAAACUAAAAACUGUUCCAAGCUAAUUAUCUGUAAAAGAUGUUUUACUACUUUCGGGAAUAAUCCAUGUAAGAGCAAACUUUGGGGCAUGAAAGGAUUGAUUGAACAUCAGCAUAAUUGUAGAAAGAACCAAUUAGGGAGACCUAUAAUGUUUGAAGAGGGAGAUGAUGAAUUUAUUUAUUUUAAAAAUUAUAAAAAUACUAAAAGGAUACCAAUUGUUAUUUAUGCAGACUUCGAAUGUAUUUUAACUCCUAAAAAACCUGAUGAAUACAUUCAGAGUUGUGAAAAAAAAAAAAAACACAUGUUACACAUUUGCAUGAAAUUAUGA